CUGUAGCAGUUAACCCUCUCUGAGCUUUCCAUCGAGCCGCUGUAGUAGGGUUAGGGACUGUGUUAUCCCUCUCUCAGCUGUCCCAGCUCCCGGUCUGUCUAAAUAACUAUACACCUGUAUGUUCCUUCUCGGCGACAUGAAACCGUGGGGCGCCCUCAGUGCAUCGCUGUUCCUGUUUGGUCUUACUUUAUUACCAGUCUGUCGGGGAGCUCACGGACGUUAUGCCCAGAAGCUUAUGAGCGACCUCUUCUCCAACUACACCAGCGCCCUGCGACCGGUGGAGGACACGGACAACAUCAUCAAUGUGACCCUGCAGAUCACCCUCUCCCAGAUCAUCGACAUGGAUGAGCGGAACCAGAUCCUGACCACCUACCUGUGGAACAGGCAGAUAUGGACAGACGCCUACCUGACCUGGAGCAAGGAGGACUACGACGGCCUGGACGCCAUUCGCAUCCCCAGCCGCCUGGUCUGGAAGCCUGACAUCGUCCUCUACAACAGUGCCAACGACCAGUUCUCCAGCUCCAUGGAGACCAACGUGGUGCUGCGGAACGACGGCUCGGUGAUGUGGGACCAGCCGGCCAUCACCAAGAGCUCCUGCUCGGUGGACGUGGCCUUCUUCCCCUUCGACAUGCAGCAGUGCCGCCUCACCUUCGGCUCCUGGACGCACAACGGCAACCAGAUGGACCUGGUCAACGCCCUGGACAGCGCCGACCUGGCCGACUUCGUGCCCAACGUGGAGUGGGAGGUGCUCGGCAUGCCGUCCAAGAAGAACGUGAUCGUGUACGGCUGCUGCUCGGAGCCCUACCCGGACAUCACCUACACGCUGCACCUCAAGCGCCGCUCCUCCUUCUACAUCUUCAACCUGCUCAUCCCCUGCAUGAUGAUCUCCUUCCUGGCGCCGCUGGGCUUCUACCUGCCGGCCGACUCGGGGGAGAAGGUGUCCCUCGGGGUGACGGUGCUGCUGGCGCUCACCGUCUUCCAGCUGAUGGUGGCUGAGAGCAUGCCGCCCUCCGACAGCGUCCCACUCAUAGGGAAGUAUUACAUUGCCACCAUGACGAUGAUCACCGCGUCGACGGCCCUGACCAUCUUCAUCAUGAACAUCCACCACUGUGGACCCGAGGCACGCCCCAUCCCACAGUGGGCCCGCCGCUUGAUCCUGGACUACCUGGCUCGGAUCUGCUUCGUCUACGAGGUCGGCGACACUUGCCUGGGGCCGUGCACGAAGCAGCCCGCGCUGGAGCCCGCGCCGCUGGAGCAAGAGGAGGAGGGUGUACACUGGGGGGCCAACUGGGAUCUCAACGGGGGAGCCUGGGACUGCCAGGAGCCGAGGCCAGGGGCGACACCCCCACCCGACCCGAAGGAAGGGGUGGGUUACGCCAAGCAGGCUGACCAGAAGGAAGCCCUUGUGAACAUUGAGGAGGGAGCCGUGAGAGGGGGGCCCGUAGGAAGCUGUACUGGGACAGAGAAAGGUGCAGGAGGUGUGGACACCAGAGAGGGUGCAGGCGGAGGAGGCCUGCGUCGGGACGUGGAGCUGAUCGCCAGCUGCUACCAGGAACAGCGCUCGACGCAGAGUCUGGUGGGGGAGUGGAGGAAGGUGGCCAAGGUCAUGGACCGCUUCUUCAUGUGGCUCUUCUUCAUCAUGGUCUUCUUGAUGAGUCUGCUCAUCAUGGGGAAGGCAAUGUGAAAAGGGGGUUCAGCUGAUAUCCUUCUUGCCAAUCCGUUUUUAUUAUUCACCAGUCAUCACAAUUUGGUCACAUGUUUGCUUGUGCACUAAAACGUUUCGCUGCAGUAGCAGGUAGCACUUAACUGCAACUUUUAAGCAUUAAUAAGGAACUUGGAUAGACAGUGAAUUCCUUAUUUAUGAAGAAUUGUUCAUACAUGAAUACUCGUUGAACUAUUCAUAAUCACUUAUAUAUUAUUAAUACAAUAAUUAGAUAAUGGUUUAUAAGAUUAGUCAAUGAGUUAAUGAGUCAUUUAUAAUACAAAUGUAAUUUAUAAUACUUUAUAAACACUUAAUAAUGCUGCAAUUCAGGAUUAGUAAAUGUAGUUUGACAACAUUAGUUAACUUUUUUGUGUCAUUAGCAUGACUAAAAGGCUGGAAAUGCCUUGCAGCAGUACCAAGUUGUAGUAAGGUAUGUUUAGUCCUCAAUUUAGACCUCAUACCAAAUACUUAACUAUUGUUUUAUAACUGCCUGAAGUUAUAUGAAUUGCAGCAUUAAGUGUUCAUAAAGCAUUAACAUGUAAAUAGUUUGUAAAUCAUCAACUCGCAUUUCAUAAAUUAACCAUAUUAACCAUUUUUCUUGUUAUCUUAUUAAUAAUGUAUAUUAUGAAUUGCUGACUGCGACUGACUUAACGAACACCAGCAUUGUCUUAUAUAUUGAAUACAUGCUGCUGAAACUCACCCAGGCUUGGGCCCACAGCCCACUGUGGUGUAAACAAGGCAAGGCAGCAUGUCAGGGAGCUAGUUUAUUUUAGGAAACCAUUAUACCUUAAUCUUUUUAAAUUUUUGCUACAUAUACAAACUACCAGCAUUGACCAAAGUGCUGCGGAAUUGAAGGUGCGUAUAGAAGAAAACAAGGAGAUUCCUACAUACAUUCCUUGACACAGUUAGUAGCACGUUGUCCCAGACUUUUCCAUCGUGCAAGACUAGGAUCUGCUGGUCUGCAGUGUCAAAAGAUGCAGUGAGAUCUUUGACAUCAAAUUUUAUGUUGGGCCAAUGAACAAGCAACAAGCAACCACACAGAUGCAGAAGUUGUAGCAAUAUCUAUAAAGGAAGCAAUAUACGUUAACACAUGUCCACUUAAUCAACCCAAACUCGGUCACUUGUUUUUCUUCAAACUUUUUUUUGCUGUAGCACUAAAAUCAUUAUGCUUCUGAUUUUGAAAAUAAUCAAACAUGUUGAAUGUGAUUCUGCCAACAUAAAUGCACACAUGCACACACACAGACACAUAAACACAAAGAUGUAUUAAGGAACUAUCACAGUAUAAAUAUGGUUAAAUAUGGAAUAUGGUUUAUCACUCACCUGUAUAACAAAUAUAAUAUAAUAAAAUAUAACAAUAAAAAUAAAAUUAACUGAACUGAAAAUGCAGACUUUAUUUAAUUAAGUGAUCUUCUUAGAGAAUUUUGAAAAGUACGGCAUUUUCGCAAUAUACAAACAUGCAUGAAACUCUUUUACCUUGUUUAUUAUUGAGAGUCUGGGGCUCCUGGGCCUUGAGGUCAAAGGAUGGGUGAAGAGAGGAAGAGUUGAAUACAUAUGGAUGACUGAAUAAAAGUGUGAAAAGGUGCACCAGAAUAA